AUGGCUGGGAACCACACACCUGGCGAACUGGUAAACACCGCGAAGAACCUGAAUUACGAGGACGAUGCGAAUUACGCUCUGGGCUGGUGCCGGCGUAUGUUGCGGCUGAUCGGAGUGUGGUCGCUAAUUCAGAAACGGACCAACAGGCUGGAGAAAGUGGUGUCGUUUCUCUGGAGAAUAGUGAUCCUCUGUGUACAAUUGUUCUUCAUCGUUCCCAUCACUCUUCACAUAUGCUACGUGGAACAGAACUCGAACAUGAAGAUCAAAAUUGCCGGUCAGCCGAUUAACUCUGCACUUUCGGUGGUGAAAUUCGUCUAUCUGGGGCUGAAGGGAACCGCGUUCAGAAGCUGCAUCGAGCACAUGGAGAACGAUUGGCGGAGGGUGCGAGAUCCCCAGCACCGAGACAUCAUGCUGAAGCAGAUUUCGAUCAGCAGGAAUCUCAUCACUAUGUGCAUUAUUUUUGUAUAUACCGCCGGCAUAUCGUAUUACACGGUCAUACCGUUGCUGGUUAAACGCCAACAGAAAGGGAAUUACACUGGCAGAAGGCUGAUGCAUGCUGGUUUCGAUAGAUUCUUCGACGUCCACUCUAGCCCUACCUUCGAGCUGCUCUAUUCAGUUCAUUGUCUGUCUGCUUUCUACAGAUACAGUGUAACGACAGCGGAGAUCUGUUUGACUGUGACUUUUGUCACGCAUAUUUGCGGGCAGAUGCAGAUACAAAUGCUGCGGUUGCAGGAACUGUGCAACAGGAAGAAGAAGGACACUGUUCGCGAACAGUUGUCUGUCAUUGUUCACGACCACGCUGAGGCCUUAAGAUUCUCGAGGCUUGCCAAGGAUGCCUUUACCGGGAUCCUCUUAAUAGAAAUCUUUAAUUCAGUUUUUCUCCUGUGUCACGUCGAGUACGCUUGUCUGAUGGAAUGGAAUGAUAGCAAUCCAGUUGCAAUGACGACGUACAGCAUUUUUAUGACAUCUUUUACUUUCAAUGCGUUGAUCUUUUGUUAUAUUGGGGAAAUCCUGACUGAACAGUGUGCGGAGAUCGGAUACGCUAGCUACGAAGCCGAUUGGUACAACAUACCUGGCAGAAGGGGUCGCGAUUUUGCACUACUCAAUGUGAUGUCACUCUAUCCUCCCAAACUUUCGGGCGGCAAAAUUAUCGAGCUAUCCCUGAACAUGUUCAGCAUUAUCCUGAAGACGUCGGUCGUUUACCUGAACAUGUUACGCACAGUUACUAACUUUUAG